CUUGGCUCUUAACGAGAAAAACAACAUAUCAGUGAACAAUGUCCAUCGCUUCCUGGUUUAAAUGGAGCGAGCCUUAUCAAAGUUACUCCCAAAGGAACCCCACAGAUGUGAUCAUUGAAACCCUCAUGAUGGAACUUAGCUGGCAGUUGAAACAAGCUGAGAAAAUGCAGAGAGCGCGAGAAGACGAGUACAGGAAGAUGAAAACAGGUGUAGACUACAACUGGCUCAUCAGUCAUCCCAAACAUAGUUAUGAAGUGUCCCCAGGGGAGAGGCUAGAACUUGAGGAAGCAUGUUCCAAAAUCCACCCUUCUUACUGUGGACCUGUGGUACUCAGGUUUCGCCAGAUGAUCGCUGAAUAUGAGCCAGAGGUGCAGGAAGUGUCACAAUUAUUCCGAUCUGUUCUACAGGAUGCUUCGGAGCAAAUGAAGGAAGAUCAAGAUACAAAAAAGCUGACCAGGCAAUGGAACAAGAAACGGACAUUGAGUCUCUCCAUGAUGAUAUUUAAAUCACGAGUAAGGAUCUAUCCUUUCAGCAGUAAUAUUAAGACCGUCUCAGAGAACGUGGAACAAGGCUUCGUGUCAGCCAGACGAGUAUGGAGUAUGCCAGAGUUUAAAACUGCUAAAGAGUUCUGA